UCUUACAGACAACCUGGUUUUGUUUUUAAAAGAAAAGAAAAACAGAGAGAAGAGUUUUUACAACCUUUUGGUACUGUUGAAGUGACACCUGCUCUCGCGAGAUCCCGCUUGCUGCUGAGUCGCUUCUCUCGGAAAGUGUCGUGAGACGUUGAUAGUAGAGGACUGCUCGGCUAAGCCCUCCUAAAAAAAAAAAAAUCAAUCCCCGCUGGACAACUGACACUUUGCAGAAAGGCCUCAAACACUUAAACUGACGUUUAGGAACAUCGUCUGAAUCAUGGGGAACAUUUUUGGGAAUUUGCUGAAGAGCCUCAUAGGGAAGAAAGAGAUGAGGAUCUUGAUGGUGGGGCUUGAUGCUGCUGGAAAAACAACGAUCCUCUAUAAGCUCAAACUGGGGGAAAUAGUCACCACAAUCCCAACAAUCGGGUUCAACGUGGAGACAGUGGAAUACAAGAACAUCAGCUUCACUGUGUGGGACGUGGGUGGGCAGGACAAGAUCCGUCCUCUCUGGAGACACUACUUUCAAAACACGCAGGGUCUAAUCUUUGUGGUGGACAGUAAUGACAGAGAGCGUGUGAACGAAGCGCGAGAGGAGCUGAUGAGGAUGCUGGCUGAGGACGAGCUGAGGGAUGCCGUGCUCCUCGUGUUUGCUAAUAAACAGGACUUACCAAAUGCCAUGAACGCCGCAGAGAUCACAGACAAGUUGGGCUUGCACUCUCUGCGUCAUCGCAACUGGUACAUCCAGGCCACCUGCGCCACCAGCGGCGAUGGCCUCUACGAGGGCCUCGAUUGGCUGGCCAAUCAACUCAAGAACAAGAAGUAAGAAGAAAACUGGAAGAAAGCAUCCAGCGACCACACCCAUACCAACUUUUUAUUUCUUUUUAGGGAUGAGGGUGCGGGUUGAGCACCGAGGUUUUUGAUUGAUAAAAGAUUCUGGGUCUUGGGUGGGGGCGGCGGGGUGUCAGAUUUAGAUUUUUGGUCUGGUCCUUCUGGUUUUCUGUGGUUAUAAAAAAAACACAUUCUCAUGUUCGUAUCUAACCACUCACUCACAGACACACACACAGAGACACACACAUAUGCACACUAACAAUAAGCAAUCACAGCAGGCACUUGCUUUUCCUCCGUCCACCUCUCGUCCACCAAUCGUCUUUAGGUAUAUAAUGUACUGUAUGUUAGUCUCUAGGUGCUGUGUCGAGUCACAUGGGACUCCAGCAAUGAGUCCAAUCUGACUUUGUUGAUGUAUGUUUUCCCGUUGUCAGUGGUCCAUGAAAGGAACUGUUCCACGUCCUGUUUUUUUUCUUGUUUUUGUUGUUUUUUAUGUCUUUUCCUACAGAGUUCCAGAGCCAUGUUUGAGAACAGUCACAUCUGGCAGAUUCAUGUCACAAUGAUUAAUAUGAUUGCUUUGCUUUUCCUUUUGACUUGCGAGCGUGUACUUGAACUUCGCAGCCUAGACAGUAUUAUCCCAAGCAGCUCUCUGAUGUCUUUUGAUAUCUGUGCCAUGUUUCUACUCCCCGUGUGGCAACCCGAAGCGUCGAAGCCGCCCUUUUUAAAUAUUUUAAAACGCACAACACUCUUUCUCAGUUGCCUCACCUGCAUGCAUCCUGCCACCACUGUUGGGUACUUCUCCAUCCAGAGAACCGCAUAGAUGUUAUUUGUAUGUUUUCCCCCCUCAUCGUGUUCUCGCGCCGUUUACAGUAGGAUGCGCAAAACUAUCCGAAAUCACCACUUUUAGUGCAGUUGGUGGCAACAUUUGCUCAGAACAACAACAACAAAAAAAAGCCAAAAAAAAAAAGCGACUAGUCAGCUUUAUGGUCUUUUUAGAUGUGAAAACAGCAUAUAGCACAUUAACUCAGCACAGAUGGCCUGUGCUGCUUGUCUAUACGAGUACUCGAACUGCGUCAGGUUGCUCUUGCUUGUGUGGAUUUUUUUUUUUUUUAAUUUUUAAAUUUUUUGUGUCUAAUUUGCAUACCGGGGGGGUGGGGAUGGGGAGGGGGACGAUGCUGUAACUGAUAACUCCGUAUUACUGAAUGUGAAUAUUGUUGAUGAAUCUAUAAGUGGCUGUAAUGAUGUUUAUCUGACAUGCCAUCAUUUCAGUGAUGUAUCUGCAUAAGUCAUGCAAAACGAAGCAGGGUAACCGGAUUGGUAUGUCGAUGUUGUAGUUUGCAGAAAUUCACAAACCACCAACUUUCCAAACAGCAGACGGGAUUGCGGCGUCGCCACUGAUACCAGCAGAAUCCGCAGACUCCUGUCAAUGAAACGAUUCCUUUGUGCCACACAUGGGUACUGCUGCCACUCAUAUACCAGUCACAGUGCAACAUGCUGUGCAUCCGCCUUACCAACUUAUCAGCAUAUAUCCAGCAUCUGUUGUAACCAUGAGUUAGAUCCUUUGGUUUUUGUGGCCUUAUAUUCCGAUUGAUUUCCUCUCACAGAGUUUGGUUUCAUACUUACCAGUAAAGAAUGAUUUAUUCCUUAUUGCCCUCUAACGGCAGGUUUCGCACCACAGCUCACUAUGGUAAGGCAAAGAUUUCGUCGUAUAAUGUGUUCUUUUGAUUUUUGCCCGUAUACUUGAUUCAUAUUUGGUGGUAGAUUUCUUCAGUUCUCUUUGGGGUUUAAAUGAACUUUGAUGUAGACUGUGUCUGUGAAACAAUCAGUGCAGAGAAAUAAAAGAUUCUGAUGAUUCAUUCUGUACCGUUAUAGUUACACAAGUAGAUUUUAAAAAAAAAUGUUGAAGACCAUGUUUCAAUGCUGAAUGCAUGGAGACAUCUGUAUGUGAUGUAAGAAACCAAAAUUCUGCUGUAUUACGAAUAAACCCAUUUUCUGAA